AUCUAUAAAAAAUUAUUUGACACCCAUGACUCAACUCCUCAUGCACACGUCUCUCUACUCUCUUCCUUAUCUUGUUUCAAAACCCCCCAAAACAACCAAACGAAAAUCCCUCUUUCUCUCUUUCGUUGAUACGAAUAUUCUAAAUCUAGUUUUAGUUUUAUUUUUAAUUCAAAUAGCUUCUUGUUUUUCUUGAAAACCCAUUCAUUUUAAUACUAUUUUCAUUAACUCAUCAACAAUUUGGUUUUAUUUUUUAUUUUUCAUUCUGGUAGUGAUGCUGAGGAACCGAUCAAUAUCGCUAACAAAACAAUCACCGAUCGUGACGGAUCACCAAGCUCCGUCUUGUUCAUCUACAACUACACCAAACCCGACCCGACCCGGUUCAUCGUUUCUUGGUUCUCCAAGGUUCUUCAAUGGCUUUUUCUUACAUAAAAAUCUGUUUGCAGCUUCAAUUCUCGACACCAACAAACUGUUUUGUAAUUUUGUCGGCAACCCAUUUCGAUUUAGCAGAAACCCAGAAAAACCCAUGAAGAUCUUGGAACAGAAUAAACACAGUUCUGAGAAUUUUGAUUCUUUAAGGUUCUUCAAUGGUGUUUUACGUGAAAACCUGUUACCAGCUUCAAUUGACACCAACAAACAGUUUUGUAAUUUUGCCAGUAACCCAUUUCAAUUCAGCAAAAACCCAGAAAAACCCAGAAAGAUUUUGAAAGAAAACAAUCACAGAUUGGAGAAAUUUGAUUCUGAAGGAAUUACUCUUGUUCUUGAACAAGAAGAUCAUAAUGGCAAUAUCUGUAAUAAACAUGAUAAGAGUCGGGUCAUCCGAAAUGUUUUGUUUGGGUCAAAGCUAAAGAUUGAAAUCCUAAGCGGGUCACCGGAAUCCGUUGGUGAUUUUGGGAUCAAGACCCGGAAUUCGAAGUUUUCGGGUGGUCCGAGUGUAACCGGAUCCGGGUCUCCAAGAUUGUCUACUGGUCCUUUGUGUUUGAGUGAGAUGGAGCUCUCGGAAGAGUAUACUCGUGUGAUCUCUCGUGGAUGUAACCCGAAAACGACCCAUAUUUUUAAUAACUGUGUUGUGAAUAGUUGUUGUGGUAUUCGGGUCGGGUCACCACCAUUGGAUAGUUUUGUAAGAUUCUGUCAGACGUGUAAGAAGAAUCUUGGAGAGGAUAAUGACAUUUUCAUGUACAGGGGUGAGAAAGCAUUUUGUAGUGAAGAAUGUAGAUGCCAAGAAAUGAUUUUGGAUGGAUUGAUGAUCUCUUAGCAACUGUAUCAAAUGACUACUUUGUUGCAAUUUUUGUAAGUUUGACCAUAAUUAGAGGGGGGUUUUAAUCUAGGGUUAAAUGAAUGAAUUUGUUUGGGAGUUUGUUGUUUGGUUGUAAAAUGUACUGUUAUUAGAAGAAGGUUGUGAUUCGGUUUUUGUUAAUUUUAUCAUAUUUUUUCUA